GAAAACACAAAACCCCAAACUCUCUCUACGAAGGCGGAUGCACGCUUCUCUGUCUCCCUCCACUCUCGAGUCUCGUCCCCUCUGUGUGUGAUUAUCUUCUUUGGUGUUGUUGAUGCUGGAGAUCUCUUAUUCAGAUUGAUCACGCCUGAAAGGUUUAUUAGGAUUUGGCAAAGGAUGGAUAGGAUCAACGGUCUAUCAGAUGAUAUUAUUUGCCACAUUCUAUCUCUCCUUUCGUUCAAAGAGGCCACCUCUACAUCUGUCCUCUCAAUGCGAUGGCGUUAUUUGUUUGCCUUCAGACCAAAUCUCUGUUUAGAUGAUCAAGAAGUGGGUGGAGGAGACAGUUUCAUCGAUUUUGUGGACAGAGUAUUGGUUGUGACAGGUAAUUUCCCCAUAAGGAGAAUCUCAAUAAAAUGUCGUAUGAGUAUCGACACCGGUCAUGUCACCCGCUGGAUGGUUGACGUGCUGGAACAUGGUGUCUCAUAUCUUGAUAUUGACAUAAUUUCCGAAGACGACAUCGGUUUCGUGCCUCUUGAGAUCUUCACUUGCAAGACAUUGGUUGAGCUGAAACUCGCAAGAGGAUUUUAUGCCAUGGUUCCUGAUUAUGUUUCUCUUCCAUCGCUUAAGACUCUCUUUCUUAGUUCCAUUUGGUUCUGUAACAGGGAUUGUUGCCCUUUGGGAAGGCUUCUUUCUGCUUGCCCUGUGCUUGAGGAAUUAACCAUUAUUGGUGGGUGCUGGCAACAUAUAGAAUUUUGUCGCACCGUCUCCUCUUCGACCCUUAAGAAACUUACUAUUACGUCUUCUUUUCACUAUGAAUAUUGGGGCAUCACUAUCGAUACACCGAGUCUUGCCUACUUAGAAUACUCUGAUCUAGUUCCAAGACACUUUCCGUUUGUGAAUCUUGAAUCCCUUGUCGAAGCUAAGCUCGCUCUUGAUCUAUGUUCUGAUAGCAAUCCAACAAAUCUGAUUAAGGGGUUAAGAAAUGUUGAGGUCUUGGAGUUAUCAUCUGGUUAUACUAGUCAGAUAUUAUAUGAUUUCCGUGAAGCAAUCCCAGUGUUGAGCAAGUUGUUUCGUUUAUCUAUUAAAAGUAAUUCAAGACACUACUACAUUUGGAAUCUUCUGCCAAUACUUCUAGAAAAGUCUCCAAAACUAGAGACUCUCGUCAUCAAGGGUCCAUUGUCCGCUGAUAGAUAUGAACGAGAAUAUGGAUUGUCAUGUCCUGUGAAAGUAUUGGAGAUAACUGAGUAUGGAGGAAAAUAUGAAGAGCUAGAGCAAAUGGAACAUUUCUUAAAGAAACUGCCAUGUCUUGAGCUUGUCAAAGUUCGUGCUUCUGCAAUAAACGACAAGGAAAAGUCUCGUAUCACCAAAGAUCUGCUAAUGGUUCCUAGAUCGUCCAAUUGCAAUAUCAAGCUCAAGUUUUGUUAGAUUACCAAGUAAAUUCACUAUACUCUAAAUAUACUUUGGUUUGUAUUAAUUCUACACUAAUAAACAUUACAUAUUUCAUAUCGUA